UGUACGAAGUAAUGGAGAGAGUCGAGAUAACAAGUUCUGCGCUGAUGAGCAACGCAUAGGGUUAUUGUAGAUGCAGAUAACCUAUCACCGACUCGCAACUUUCAAGUAAAUCUAGGAAGGGAAACAUCUUCUGUUUUUCUGGAUUUCAAAACAAAGCCAUGGAUUUUAUACAGGCAUAAUGGUGUGAAAUUAUAUAGGAUCGCUUUAUCGCAUAUACAAGUAUUUUUUAGUAGUAUUUGGAAUUGGUAGAUAUUCCAGAUCACGUCUACGUCUGUCGCAAAGGUGAACAAUUUUCGAUCCUCGGAUUCCUGUAGGAGUUGACCGCCGGGAGUUGCGGUGUAUCCGACCAAAGCUUGAAGCCGUGUCGCUUCGCUCUGAAAACAUGGCCAAGUAAAAUUUGCCAAAAUGUCGCUUAAAUCUUUAUAUCGUGUCAACAUAACUGUACACCGUGGACGGAGAAAAUAAUUUGGAUUAUACAACUUACAUUUCGGUCGGAAUAUACUGAUAGAAACCACUGCGAUUGCAAACACUAGUUGAUUUCAAGCCACUACCUUGGAGUCAUGUUCAGCUAAGCCUUGUUCCUUACGGAGCGGAGCAUCCUCAGCAUGUCUUACAGGGGUGUACCUUACUAUGACAACUACUCGCUUGGAUAUGUGGUGGAGUUUGUUAAAGAGAACCAGACCAGGUGUUCCAGCUGGCUCCUCCUGCCUGCAGAGAACCUGUGGCCAGCAUGGCUACGAUGCACGCUAUACCUCAUGGCCAUGUUCUAUCUGUUCAUCGGUAUCGCUAUCAUCAGCGACGUCUUCAUGUGCAGCAUCGAGAUGAUCACCAGCAAACAGAAGACAAUCAUCAAAUAUGACGCGGAACGCAAGGUCCACGUCAAGAAGGAGGUCCUCGUCUGGAACGAGACCGUCGCCAAUUUGACUCUGAUGGCUCUUGGGAGCAGCGCGCCAGAGAUCCUUCUCAACACCGUUGAGACCUUGCAGAACCUUACGGAACCGCCAAAUCGAAAGGAUAGCUUAGGGACCUUCACGAUCAUCGGCAGCGCUGCGUUCAAUCUUCUAAUAAUCACGGCCGUUUGCGUUGUCAGUGUUCCCUCACCGGAAGCGAAAAAAAUCAAAGAAUUUGGAGUGUUUUUGGUAACAACUGCGUGGUCCUUAUUUGCCUAUGUUUGGAUUCUUAUCGUGGUCUUAUGGAGCUCAAAAGGAGUUGUGGAAAUCUGGGAAGCAUGGGUUACACUAGGAUUCUUACCCUUACUUGUUCUUACAGCGUAUGCCCAAGACUCUGGAUGGUGGUGUAAGAGAACACCAUCUGUUGGCAAUGAUCCUAAUUGUGGAAGUCAUAUGAAUGUAAGAGUCAUUAACGGGGGAGGAGUAAAGAAGAACAGUGUUUUCCAUGGGCCUUCCCGCCAACUAGCAUCUCUGGAAGCCGAGAAGUCUCAAAGUCAGCUGAAUCUGAAGCAUGCAUCCGAAGAGAAAACCCAUGGGAAUGACAUGGUUUUACGAGAUUUAGAAGCAGGAACGGAAGACAGCAGACCGCUCUAUCUGGAGGAAGAGAAGCAGCAGUUUGCCAGAGCCAGAUCAAGUACUGUGGUUAGUCAAGUAACGACUAUAAGUCAAGUUAGUCACCGAAGCUGGACCCCGCGAUACAGAUCAAGAUUCAGGCAUGCUGUGGUGCGAUCCAUGAUCGGGGGUAAGAAGCAUUUCAUGGCCCAGAGGAUAGCAGCUGGAGGAGCAGCGGGUAACCAACCCAGGCUACUAGCCCUGGUUGAUAAGGUCCAAUCUAUGCAGAAAGCUAGUGAUGGAGCGCUGUCAGAGGACUUAAAGGGAAAGUUCACCUUUGCUUCUCCUAACUACACCGUGAUGGAGAGCUGCGGCAAGCUGGAGAUUGAUGUCCUGUUCCACAGAUCAACUCCGAGAAGAACUCGCCAGCUCACUCAGGAGAAUGGUAGAGCCGGUCAUAACCAUGAGAUCGUGGAUGAAAUCAGCCGUAGCGAAGCCUAUGAUGAUUGUAUCAAGGGUACCGUCUAUGUGACAUACGAGACAAGAGAUGGAACCGCCAAACAGGGCACUGAAUUCACUCAUGCACAGGGAAAACUGGUUUUCACCGAGACAGAAUGGAGGAAGACAAUCACCGUCCCCAUCAUCAACGACACCCAGUACGAGGCCAACAUGGAUUUCUAUAUCAUCCUCAAAUGUCCCGAGGGAGGGGGUGCAUUGGGGGAUCCCAGUGUGACCAGGGUGACAAUCAUUGAUGAUGAUGUUCCUGGUGAGUUCACCUUUGAUUCACCAAACUACACAGCUGAUCUUGAGAUGGGUGUAGUGAUGACGACUGUUACAAGAUCCAAAGGAUUUGAUGGAACUGUCACCCUUCAGUAUGCUACCAUGGAUGGUAAUGCCAAGGGAGAUGUAAACUUGGAAGGUGGAGCUGACUACCGGUCCAUGGCAGGGACAUUGUGCUUCAAACAUGAAGAGAAGAGCAAGACCAUUGAGAUACCAGUCAAUAAGGAAUCAGUGGGUUUGAAGAACUUUGUGAUUGUUCUAAGGAAUCCUAGCAUUGGAGCCAAGCUUGGAGAACACAGUGCAGCUGUAGCCAACUUAAGACCAGAUGACAUUGGUGAGAGGGUCGCUCAGAUUCUUGAAGAUGAGGAGGAUGCAGAAACAUGGUUCGGACAGAUCAAAAAUGCAAUGACCCUAGGAGGUGACAUUGAUGAUAAUGGUAAGGAGGUCCCGCCCUCUAAGAUGGAUUGUAUCAUGCACUUCAUCACAUUCUUCUGGAAGGUCAUCUUUGCCAUGGUACCGCCAAAGAAUUAUUUUGGAGGCUGGCCUGCAUUCCUCGGAUCUCUGUUGUUCAUAUUUGCUCUGACAGCUGUGGUGGAACAGAUUGCUACGUUGCUGAGCUGUGUUGCAUUGAUAGAGCCUAGUGUAGCGGGUAUUACAAUCAUAGCCCUUGGGACCAGCGUACCAGACACGUUUGCAAGCAGAACAGCCGCUAUUCAGGACCAACACGCUGAUGCUGCCAUCGGCAAUAUCACAGGUAGUAACAGUGUGAACGUAUUCCUUGGCCUUGGACUACCAUGGAUCAUCAAGGUCAUGUAUCUAUACGUCAACUCAGACCAACCAUACUACGUGGGAACAGAUAACCUGGAUCUGGCUGUUAUCCUUUUCACAGGAGUUGGUACAUGCUGUAUAUGCAUCAUUAUAGGCAGGAGAUAUAUUGUUGGAGGUGAGUUGGGGGGCAAGAAGCUGACUAAGUAUCUGACUGGACUCUUCCUCUGCCUUCUCUGGGUUGUAUACGUCGUUGUUGCAUCACUCAGGUCAUACAAGAUCAUCUAGAAAGGUCAUCCAAGAAAUGCUACUAAGAAAUGCAACAAAGGGGACAUCACAAACAAUUGUUGCAUAAAAGACAGGAAUCAUGUGAAAAUCAUCAAAUCAUCAAUGGACAUUGCCAGAAGACUACCCAACAACAAGCUUGAUUAUUGAAGAAGCUGAAGGAUUAAAACAUAUUGCAAAUGAAGUGGCAGUUGCUUGGAAGAUAAUGAAAUUGACCCUUAAGCUAACAAGGGGAGAUGUCCAAGACAGACCUGUUGAUUUGCUAGACAAACUGACCAUCAAAGCUACAACGGAACAUCAAGUGAUGUUAUUCCCUUCUAAUGUCAAAAUAUAAAUUAGUGUAACUUGACGAAGAGGAUCGUAAUUGCCAAACUAAUUGCUUUGAACAUUCAAAUGUUAUGCAAAAAUAAAAUAAGAUUUUGAGAUGUAGUUUGACUAUUUAAAAAGCCUGCUGGCAAUUUAUAUAUUUUAAGCAUAUCUGUAGUAUUAAAUCGUCAAUGUGUGCUGUUGCAGUUUUAUUUUUUCUUAUAUUUUAAUUCUUUCGUGUGAAUAUUUUUGCUAUCUUUUCUGAAACAUUCCAUUUUUAAGUGUAUAGAUUGUAAUUUAUAUGUGAAGGUCGCUUUGAAAUGAUACAAAAUAUGGUUUUAGUUAAUGUCAAAAUAUUAUGGCCGGAGUCAUUGAGGAUAAAAUAUAAAAAUGUUACAUGUUACAUUUCCAAUGAAAUAUUACAGAUACAUUUCAGUGGAACAAACCUUUGAAUCUGAAAUUCAUUUAUUUAUUUGAAUUAAUAAAAAAUAAAUGUAUUUAAGAAAUCAACUUUUAAUUACUUUACAGAGAAUAUAUAGAGAAUUGAAAUAUAGAGAAUGUAACUGUAUUCAAGUGUUUUCAUAUUUUCCUACCCUCAUAAUUAAUAAACAAAGCCAUUAACCUUUUGAUAUUUCUUUUCAAAUUCAUGUAUCAAGAGUGAUAUACACUGUGAAGUGAAUACAAAUAAAGGGAAUGAUGCAUGUGUACUGUCUACUGACGAGUCACAGGUUUUUGAAUACUUUAUAGAAGGCUGUUUGCCAUGGUAACUUAUUGAUUGCUGAAGACAUUUCGAUGAAAGAUAUCAAAAAUUGUAACGAUAUGUAAAUAUAAAUGUAUUACACUAUAUCUGCCUUAAUUAUUGAAUGAAUCACAUAGUCUUCUAGAAAGUAAUGUAUAAAAGCUGGUAGUUUAAUCAAGUUUAUUGCAUUCUUAUGAAAUAUAUUUCCUGGGUUACAUUUAUAAUAAUUUUCUUUAUUUGGAAGCUAUAGAAAUUGGAUAUUAGAAAUUGUUAAUGUGCAUGUAGCUCAAUAUUUGAAUGAGGAAGUUAUUAUUAAGCAUAUAUGUAAAGAUUUAUAAUGAAAACAAAUUGAUGAUAUUGUAAUUGAAAAAAUGGGUAGAAUACCAUUAAAAUAUAACAUUGUGUAUUGUAUCUCGUUAAAAAUUAUCAACAAUUUUGAGGAAAAAACAAAAUCUAUUCACCUUUGGUUUCAUUCAAUACACAAGUUAAUCUUUAAAAAAGCAGAUUUUUGGUUGUAUCAUUUUUGGAUAUCACAGUUAGAAUAUAUUUUGAUAGAAUAAAAAUUGUGUACACUGGUAUGCUUUCAUCUGCCUAGAGUUAAACUUAAAUUUGUUCAUAAAGGAUUUGUCAAAAUGGUUAGAAACUAGUACCACAAUUUAUUAUUUGUGAUUUAUUUUUUCACUGCCAAACCUGAGUCUUAUGACAUGUUAGCACAAAUAUGUUUGGCUUUGAUUCUCAAUGCUAUACAAUGUAGGAGUAAUUUUUGAUGUGAGUAGGCUACUGGUAUGUAAAGUUUUCAAAUGAUUAGAAAAUGAGAUUGUGAUAUUUAAUAAAUCAUAAAUUGUAAAUGUAGUCAUGCACUCCAAUAAGUGAGGACGUUUGCAGAUAAACGUGUCUUUAUUAUCAAAAUGUCGAAAUAUCAGAGUUGUUUUAUUAUUCUCUCUCAUCUAUGCAUCAAACUUGAAUGUUGUCAGAUAUAUUUAUUGAAUAUGCCCAGCAUAUAUGUGUGCAAAUUUAGCAAGUUUCAAGAAAACAUUCUUACUCUGUACACGAUCUAACCAAAGUUUGUACAUGUCCAGUCGGUAGUACUUGAUAUGAAUGAAGCAAAGCUAUCGCUAGCUUUGCGUAGUUUUAAUAAUCUUUUAAUAGUAGUCAUUUGUAUAUAUUUUCUACAUUUCUCUUGUAUAUAGCUAAGCAUGUCUUGAAGUGAUGUAAAUUGUAUAAAUAUAUUCUAUUGCAUGAUGCCUAGAAAGUGAGUGCAAGGGGAUUCCCCUAAUAACAUGCCAUGUAUGUAGAUAUCAUUUACAAGUGGAUCAUGAUAAUGACUAAGUCUUCAUAUAUAUACGGUUAGUCUUUCAAACAAACAUAAAAAAAGGAGAAGAAGAAGAGAAGUAAAGUUUCUUGUUGCUGAAUUGCGGACAGUUGCAAUCUUAACAUUAUACUUGUAUUAUGACAAUUUUAAUCUUUUAUUGCAUUGUACUUCAUUGAAAUGAUUAAUUAUUCUUUUUAACACUAUUAAUCUUUCUCUCUAUGUACUAGUAUUGUGAAUCAUGAUUGGAAGCUGUUGAGAGAAGAGGUCAAGGGUCAAUGCUGAUCUGCGUAGACAUGAAGCGUUGCCAAUUUGGGAUCCAUAAAUGUUAGGAUCAACCUUUAAGAAAAUGCUGAACAAGAUUAUUUCCCUAUUCUAGAAAAGGCUGCCACUGUUGCAUGUCAAUGCAAAUGAAAAUAUAUCUUUAGGAAAUGUAAUUUAUUUUUAAAGGCUUUACGGUGAUUGGUUUUCAAAAACGGAAUCGGAUUUGGUUUAGACCCAAUAUUGAAUUACAAUUUUGAUUAAAAUGUUGACUAAAAAUCAAAACGGUUAUUGAAAUACAAUGUUAACUUUUAAAAAACUGGUGGAAAUUUUGUAUAAGAAGUAGACUAAAA